AUGGCUGCUAUGUUGAGAAAGCUUGAUGAUUUAGUUGGGUUUUGCUGCAGGGGACAAGCUGAGAAGGAGUUCAAGGUUGAAGUGGAAGCAAUUGGUCGUGUUCGCCAUAAGAAUUUAGUGAGGUUGCUUGGCUACUGUGCUGAAGGUGCUCACAGGAUGCUUGUGUAUGAGUAUGUUGACAACGGAAACCUGGAACAAUGGCUUCAUGGAGAUGUCGGGCCUCUCAGCCCUCUGACAUGGGAGAAUUGCAUGAAUAUAAUGCUUGGGACAGCGAAAGGGGUUGUUAGAGGAGGUUGUAAAAUUGAGGAAAUGCACUUCUUCAUGAGGGGGUUUGAUUCUUUCAACAUUCUAAACUUCAUGGAUGAUAUAUAG